AUUGAGGGCUGAGGCGCGGAUGUUUGUGAUAAUGCAGGAUUAGCUGAUUACAGAUGAACUACAGCCUCUAUUUGUCUUUAAAAAAAAACAUACAACUGCUGUUAAACGCAUAUCACAGCAGUUCUUUUAGGCUGAUCAUAUUUGACUGUGUUAGUGGUGAGAAAGCGAGCAGGCCAGCUGACCUUGCAUCAUCAGACUGCUGAGAAGUGUGUUUAAUGAUCAGUACAUGACAGAUCAGGCUCUUUAUAGUAGUAUAUGUUUGUUUUUAGUACCAUAGUUGCCAUCACUUUUCCAUGGCACCACCACAGUACUUUUUAAAGGGAGGUUAGAGUUUGCCUACAUAGUACAUUGAAAUCUUAUUAAUAAAAAAAGAAAGAAAGAAAAAAAAAAGAAGAAGAAGGGAAUAUGCUGUUUUCCAUGAUAUGUCCCCUUUAAUGUCUGCUUACUCCACCGGGAUCAUUGGUUUUUAUUAAAGUCUUUGUUAAUACUUCCAUCUGGGGAGAAUUGCAUUCAGCAAAAUUAGAUUGCAUGACAUCACAGGUAUAGUUUAUGACGCUGCAGGUGCAUACUUAAUGCAUGAUUUUUAUUCAUUUUAUUUGAGUUGCAAAGGUUCAAUCCCACUAACAUGAUCGCCUAAUACCCAUCUGUUUUAUCUUCUCCCUCCAUUCAUCCGUUCACAUCUUCCUCCAUGUUAUUGUAGGUAGUGAGAAUGCUGUAAUGCACUCCAUGCCUGCAGCUUUUCCUUUCUUCAUGCUCAUGUUUGUGAACCGAUAGAUGGUGUUGUUUUGUUCAGUGCUGGACUGUGGCCCCGGGCCCCUGCUGAGAUCUUCAUCACUUUAAGCGGUCCUCUGAGGAUGUGUCUGCUUUGUAUAUCAUUCAGUGCUCUCCAUACCUGUUUCAGGUAGGAAGUGCAUCGGGACGUCACUGAGGAGUGAUGCCUGUUGAAAGUGGAAACAGUGCAGCCGCCCGUCAAGUCAAACAGAAGCGCAAGUCGCACAGUCUCUCCAUUCGGAGGACCAACAGCACGGAGCAGGACAGACCAGGCAUGCAGAGAGACAUGCUGGAGGGACAGGAUUCCAAGUUGCCAAUGGCUUUGCGGAGCAAUUUACUGGACCUGUUCGGACAGAUUGAACGCGAGUUUGAAAAUCUCUACAUUGAAAACUUGGAGUUGCGAAGAGAAAUUGAAUCGCUAAACGAACGUUUGGCUGGAGAAGGACAGACAGUCGAUGGCGGUGAUCUGAGCAAAGGAGCCUUGAAAACAAAAGCUAGUCACAGCACAAGCCAGCUGUCCCAAAAACUGAAGACGACAUACAAGGCCUCCACAAGCAAGAUUGUGUCCAGUUUCAAGGCCACCACGUCGCGUGCUGUGUGUCAGCUGGUGAAGGAGUAUGUGGGACACAGGGACGGGAUAUGGGACCUCGCCGUGACCCGGGUUCAACCACUGGUUCUGGGGACGGCCUCAGCUGAUCACUGUUCCAUGCUGUGGAGUAUUGAGACAGGGAGGUGCCUGUUAAAAUAUGCUGGUCAUGCUGGAUCUGUCAACUCCAUUAAGUUCCACCCUACAGAGCAGAUGGCACUUACAGCUUCCGGGGACCAGACGGCACACAUCUGGCGUUAUAUGGUACAGCUGCCGCUUCCCCAACCCCCGGCAGACAUUAGCGCCUCGCUGGACGAUGACGGAGACUUCUCUGACAAAGACGAGGCUGACGGGGAGGCAGAUGGGCCCAGUGAAUGCCCCACCAUCCGUGUCGCCACAACAACCUUGAAGAGCCACCAGGGGGUAGUGAUUGCAGCUGAUUGGCUGGUGGGUGGAAAGCAGGUGGUCACUGCAUCCUGGGAUAGAGCUGCCAACCUAUAUGAUGUAGAGACCUCUGAGUUGGUGCACACACUCACAGGGCAUGACCAGGAGCUGACCCACUGCUGUACUCAUCCCACCCAGCGUCUGGUCGUGACCUCAUCCAGGGACACCACCUUCCGCCUGUGGGACUUCAGAGAUCCCUCCAUCCACUCAGUCAACGUCUUCCAGGGCCACACUGACACGGUGACGUCAGCCGUCUUCACCGUGGGAGACAACGUGGUGUCGGGAAGUGAUGAUCGCACCGUCAAGGUGUGGGACCUGAAGAACAUGAGAUCUCCGAUCGCUACCAUCCGCACAGACUCAGCCGUUAAUAGGAUAAGUGUCUCUGCGAACCAAAGAAUUAUCGCUCUACCACAUGACAACAGACAGGUCAGACUGUUUGACAUGAAUGGAGUCCGUCUGGCCCGUCUCCCACGGAGUAAUAGACAGGGACAUCGCCGCAUGGUGUGCUGCUCCGCAUGGAAUGAAGAGAACCAGGCCUGUAAUCUUUUCACCUGUGGCUUCGACCGACAGGCCAUCGGCUGGAACAUCAACAUCCCCGCCCUGCUGCAAGAGAAGUGAUGCGUUCACACCCACAACCCGCAUAUACAAGCUUACCACGGCCCAUCCACACAAACGCCACUGACUCCUCAAGCACAUUCUUCAGUGCAACACCUGCAGUAGACUUAAAGUACAUUCACGUUGGUGUCUACAGUCACUGUUCUCAUUAAAUCUCAUCCUUUCAUGCCUUGAGCAAUGUAUGUGAUGUCCGUGGAAGACAAAAGAGUCGUUAGAUUCAAGCACCUGAUGUUUAAUUUCAUGGAGAUUGUGCAUCUAGCUCUGUGCUGUUCGCUCUGAGGUCAUAUAGUGUGGUGAACUGGCUCCUUGUCUUGUUACCUUAUUUUUACAUGUUUGCAUGAUUUUGCAAGCCAGGGACAUUGCCGAAACGUUCCGUCAUGGCCUGUUGCUGUUACGCUCAAAUCAUUUUUCACUUUAGUGGUAUUUUUGUUGUGCAAUGUUCAGUUUGUUCUAUGCACAGGUAACAUUUUAUUUUACGAUUGUAUUUUAGAUUUUGUUUUUUUGUAUAGACAUUUGCCUUGAUUUUAUAGAGACAUGCCUUUGCUUGUAACAUUCAAGAGACAGAGCGCUCUGCCUUUGUGAAAGGAAAUCCGCAAUCAUAUUUACAGAUCCACACCUUGAUGUUCUGAUUGGAACUGCAGUUAAAGCGGCCAAUCGGCUUCUAUUAGUAUUGCCGGCAGUCCAUUUGCAUGACAAACCCAGCUUUCUGUCAGAUAUGUGAUGCUAAAUGCUGUAUAUUUGCUGUGAAAUCUUGUUCAACCGAAUGAAAACAAAAAAGAAGACUUUGCAAGACUUUGUAAGUAAUGUGGCUGUUUUUGGAGCCCAAGUUUGAUGUACAUUUGAUGUUCAAUUUAAUUUCAAGGGCCUUCAAGUCGUGUAAAAGUAAAUAUCUGAAUUAAUGUUAGUCAGAUGAAGAUAUUUGAUUUCACAACAAAUUCACAUCUCUGUCACUGCUGGACUUUUUACAUAAAAGAGACUUUUUGGCAGUGAGUGUGUUGAAUAUUUUAAUAUUUGUCUGUAAUUUUGGACCAAACAAGGUUGAUGAUUUACUUUGUGUGAGCUACUGAUGCUUUACGGGUUUGCAGACGUACCUGUUUUGGACUUCUUGUGAUGUGUGAACCACUGUACUUAGCUGUGUCUCCAGAAAACAUUGCUAAAGAUGCAGUCACUCACUCCAAUGAGAUUCUAGACAUUUAGAAUCUUUAAAGGUGCAGUAUGUAACAAUUUUCAUGUAAUAUUCGCCUUUUUUUGCCAAUGUGUGAACGGCUUGUAACGCAACUUAAAAAAUGAGUCCUUCCCGGACUUCCUAGUUUGCCUAUUAAAGCCUGUAGACUGAUUUUCAUGUGAAGGGAGCGGGUCGCUUUUGCCGGGAAAAUCCAAAGGAUGUGACGUUUAUGCGCGCUCCCGCGAGCCUUCUACUGAAUCCCGUCUGGCUAAGCGGGAACGUGAUCAUGGUCGAGCGAAAACUAGAGUGAACAUCGACAGGGCAUUUGAUUCCUGGAGGGACCUUCAUUCGGUUUUGGGAAUCAAAACUGACCCUGAAUUGGCGUUCUUCUUACUGGACAGGUAAGCUUACAUAACUGCAAAGCAUGUGAAAUAUAGUGCCAUAAGGAUUGAUCUGUGUAAUUUUAGCUAACUUGAUCUUGCCUGCUAACGCUGACAAACUGCAAGUUACCUUGCUUCAUAACUUUCAAAUAAUUUCCACGAUCUUCUCUUUAUGCUAAAAGUCAGGUAUACAGGAUAAAUUUAAGCAAAUAUGCUGGUUUCUUGAUUGUAGUACAACAUAUGACAUACAAAACAUACAAUAGUGCAACAUAACAGUGCAGUGCUAUAGUAAACUGUCUGGUAUAGUUCGGUAGUAUGUAGCUGUAUGUGUGUAUCAGUAUGCAAUGUUAGCUGAUAAGUAGUUUUAGUUUAGUCUCAAAGUUUGUAGUAAAACAGUCAUAACUGUAAUUUUAAUUAUGCUACCUCAUCUGUCAGCAUGAUGCCGGUGAAUCACGUUCAGUCUCUCUGUACGUUACGUCAUUGUUUUGGUCGAUGCUCGCAUCCCUAUGGAGUGUGUGCAUGAGUGCGAGCACGAGCAACGGGUAGCUGGCUGCAGUUCACUUAACAGCCACAGGUGUCAUUAAUAACAAGGGUUUCUGAAUCUUACAUACUGCACCUUUAAAUGGAAGCUUUUCCAUCGGUGUUACAAUCAGUAUAGUUACUGCAUUACUGGGCUAUUACUACAACUGCAUUGGAAUUUAUGAAAAUGGAAAAGUGUUGAUUGUUUAUUCUUUUUUUUUUUUAUGUAGACGAAACAAUUCUUAGGUCCGACAAAAACAAAUUAUGCGAUGCGUAUUUGUGUGACGUCUAUGUUAAUUGGACUGUCUGUAUUUGACUUGAGUCGCAAUGUAUGCAAAAACAGCAUUGAAAUUUUUCAGCAUUUAUCCAGCUCUCAAAAACACAAGUAACCAUCAUACACGCUGUUGACCCAUCAUAACGUCCUUUAAAAUGUUGGAGAUCUGACACUGUUAGUGGUCUUUACCUUGAUAUAACGUUCUGUGGAGUGUUCUGUAUUGAGACAUUUAUUUUUAUUUUAUUUUAUUUUAGGGCAACCUAAUUUACCAUAUUGGAGAAACAAUACACUGCAUCACACAAAGACGAUGUAGAAUCAAAAACACUCACUUGCUGGGCUUGAAAAUAAAGUGAAAGUUAUUUGCAGCA